UGCCAAGAUGGUGGUUCUCUCGAAGGAAUACGGCUAUGUGAUUCUCACUGGUGCUGCCAGUUUCAUUGUAACACACCUAGCCAUCAAUGUGGGGAAAGCCCGCAAGAAAUACAAUGUUCAGUACCCAAACAUGUACAGCACAGACCCUGAAAAUGGACAUCUCUUCAACUGUAUCCAGAGGGCACACCAGAACACGUUAGAAGUGUAUUCCUCCUUCUUAUUCUUUCUUGGAGUGAGCGGAAUCUAUUUCCCGCGGGUUGCUACAGGACUUGGUGCAUCUUGGAUCAUCGGAAGACUGCUUUAUGCUUAUGGCUACUACACAGGAGAUCCCAAGAAACGAAACCGAGGAGUCCUCGGCUCUUUGGCACUUCUCGGAUUGGCAGGGACCACCGUUUACUCUGCUUUGGUGCAUCUUGGCUGGGUGUGCAAUAACUAGAUGACACUCCCUCUGUGGCUUCAUGGGAAGCCUUUAAAUCUUUCAAUAAUGCAAUUAUAUUUUAAUUAUAAAAAAAUCAAAUAAAAGCCAACAUUAACCAUAA